CCAGAAAUGGAGAAAAAAGUAAGGAGGAUCCGUUUUGCAUCUGAACCCAACAUCACUCAUUUCCUACAAGUCACUUGGGAAAAAACACUAGGAUCUGGUUUUGUCAUUACACUCACUGAUGGCCAGUCAGCUUGGACUGGGACAGUUUCCGAAUCAGAGAUUUCCCAAGAAGCCGAGGACAUGGCGAUGGAAAAAGAGAAAUAUGUUGAAGAACUGAGAAAAGCAUUAGUGUCACAAGCAGAACCAGUUGACACAUACAAGUUUAAUUUUUCUAAAGAGUUUGGUCAUUUCUCCUUUGAGAAAAACCUGAAAGAUGUUUCAUUCAGACUUGGUUCCUUCAACGUAGAAAAUGUUGCAAGCCCAGCUGAUGUCAUUAGAGAAAUUAUUUGUGAUUGCCUGGACACUAUUGCAGAAAAUCAAGCCAAAAAUGAGCACCUGCAGAAAGAAAAUGAAAGGCUUCUGAGAGAUUGGAAUGAUGUUCAGAGUCGAUUUGAAAAAUGUGUGAAUGCUAAGGAAACUGUGGAGAAUGAUCUUUAUACAAAAUUUAUUCUUGUACUAAAUGAGAAGAAAGCCAAAAUCAGAAGCUUACGUAAAAGGUUAAGUGAAAUUCAAGAAUUAGGAGAGAAGAUUGAACAUAAAAGUGAAACUGAUACAUGUGCUGAAAUGAGUGCAGAUAAGGAUGCAGUUUAUGAUGAAAGCACUGAUGAGGAAUGUGAAAACGUGCCGGAUGCCCCUCUGUUGACAUCAGGUCUAAGUGAUGAUUCCAUUAUUUUAAGUCCUGAUGUCACUGAUAUUGCACCAAAUAGAAAAAGGAGGCAGCGAAUGCUAAAAAACCUUGGAACAGAACCAAAAAUAUCCUCUCAAGAGCAACAACUUUAUGAAAAAGAAAAGCUUGAUACUUCAGUACCUGAGACAUCGAAAAAGCACAACUCAAAUGAAAACCUGUCUCUAGAAACCCUGAAAAACACCAGUUCAGAAGACCUCUUUGAUGAGAUUUAACUGUCUCAAAAAGUACUUUGAUGUUCACUAGACUGUGCUUUCUAUUCAUUUCUUUAAACUGAAAAAGCAGACUUUCUAUUUAACAGCAGCUAUUACUACACUUUACUACUUAAUUACAUAUACACUGUGUUGAGACUAUUGUGCAAAAUGGAUUAAAAUGUAAAAAAGUUAUGAUUUGAUGACAGUGGUACAUUUUUCUAAACUAUUCAUUCAGCAG